AUGAUGCGUUCGGCGGCAUCCCCAGGAGCCAAAGCCAAGGCCAAAGCCAAGGCCAAGGCGGUUGCAGGACGACCAGACGCCAAGGAGGCCCCCGCGCCGGCACGGCGCCCGGGCGUGCCAGCAGCACGCGAUUUCCCACCCCUGCCAGGGCUGCCGCCUCUUCCCCUGGAGGGCCUCAGCAUCGGCGUGGAGAUCGGCAAAGGCCGCUUCAAGCACGUGAAUCGAGGAGUGCUGAAGGGCUCCGCCGUCCCGGACGAGGAUGAGGCAGAUCGCGACAUCGUCGUGAUCCGCUACGCCAAGGGGAAGCCCGAGUGCACCCUCGAGCUGCAGGUGCUCUCGCGCCUGGCCUUGGUCCCGGACGCGGGGGACCACAUCCCCAAGGUUUGGGGCGCCUGCGAGCAAGGCCGCGACUUGAUCGUGGUCCAGGAGCGCGCUGCCUUUGGGUGCCUGAAGGCCGUGGUGCAAGACGGCCUGGGAGCAGAUCAUGGGCUCCGCGCCGCGGUGCAGAUUGCUGCGGGAAUGGACUGCCUGCAGCGGGCCCGUGUGGUCCAUGCAGACCUCUCCUGUCGGAACAUUUUGGUGAGCGCCAUGGGCAAGGACCCGGAGUCCAUCCGCGUGAAGGUGACGGACUUCGGGCUUUCUGCCAUCAUCAAGGAGGGCACGGACCACGAGAUCCGCAAGCAGCCGCAGGCCACACGUUGGGUGUCGCCGGAGACCUGCGCCUACCAGAAGCUGAGCCAUCGCGGCGAUGUGUGGUCCACCGGGACACUGCUCUGGGAGCUCUUCUCGGACGGCCAGAUCCCUUGGGUGAAUUGGCCCAAGAGGACCGAGGUGGCUACGAAGCUCAAAGCCAUGGCAGAGAAUCCCGAGGAGGUCUUCGAUGCAGCUGCCGAGUUCCCCGAGCAGGAGAAGUACCCCAAAGAGGCCCACACGGUGCUCUUGUCCUGCCUGAAGGUGGCAGAAGCGGAUCGGCCGGCUUUCCUAGAUCUUGCGGAGGAGUUCGAAAAGGUCAUCCGCCUCCAGGCCGACCGCGCGGCAGCGGCAGCGCAGCCCACCUCCACCUCGGCGCCGGCAUCGGCAAAGGCAUCGCAGGUGAUCGAGCCGCUCCCGGCGGAGACCCCGGAGCCGGCGUCGCACAGAGAGGCCUCCUUGCCUCAGUGGUCGCAGAUGUCCCCGGAGCCUGCCCAGGCCGCCGAGAGAUCGCCCUCGCCUUCCUCCCGGACGCCCUCCACGCAGGCGUCUCCUGCAAAGACCUUGCUUGGCCGGGAGACCGAUGCCACCCCGGGCGGCGCGGCGCCGAAGUGGGCUGCGAAGGGGGUGGUCCAGGAGGAGGUGAUCACCUUGAUCUCGCAGCAGAAGGAGAUGUUGGAGCUCCUGCACGCGGAGCUUACUGAGCUCCGUCAGAGCAGGCGCAUCUCUCACUCGAAGACUCCCCUGCGCGAGAUGCUGAUCCCACUGACCGACGAGGGCGCCCCCAUCAAGCCAGCCCACAUGGAGCUGAUGGCUGGAAGACCGGGGACCUGGACGCUCCGUACGCUGGUGGGCCCCGGCCUGAUGCGAAAGCAGGAGUUUGAGGACAAGGAGGAAGCGUGGCAGGCCUUCGUCUACUGUGCCGAUACUGUGCAACCCUGCCACCUUCUUGAUCCAUCUGGCAACACGCGUGCAUCCUCCGGCUGGGUCGGCGCCAACCAGGUCGCUCGCGCCCAAGCCGCGAUGAGCCCUCCGCCUCGCUUCACUCUGCCGAUGGGUGGAGCCACGACGCCGCCCCCGCCCUCGCUGGGCUCCCUCGGCCCGGCACUGCAGACGGCUCCUCUCGGCGGAGCUCCGCUGGGAUUCCCCACGGAGCCCAGGGGCUUUGGCCACGACGGGGGCAAAAGCGCGGAGAAGGAGAGCUGGUUCGGCCAGGAGUCCAAGGAGUGGAAGUGUCCCAAGGGCCAUGUGUUGACGCCGUGGUGUGCCAAGCCGGGCUGGUGCGAUGGCUGCGGUUCCAAGAUCAACACGGGCGACCCCGUCAUGGACUGCAGGCAGUGCAACUACUACCUCUGCAGGACCUGCGCACCGGAGGAGGCGGAAUCUUCUUCAUUGUGGGGGUCGAUCCCCUCCUUCGCAGACAUGGGGGCCCACCCUGCAGUGAGCAGUGCUUUCGACAACGUUGCACUCAGCAUUGGGGACGUCCUCGAUGCUGCAACGCAGGACCUCAGCGAGAUGGCCGGGGACCUGAAGUCCUUCGUGGCCUCUGCCGUGGGUUUGGAGGAGGAGGAGCCUGAAGAGGAGCAGAAGGCCGAGGCAAAGAAGGUCCUGGAGGCUGUCUCGCCGAGGUCGAGGCAGGAGGCGGUGGGCGCCAUCUCGGACUUCUGCCAGAAGUACCCCGCAGCACGGGUGCGGCCCACGACGCAGGAGUUGGAGAAGCUGUGGGCAGCCAUCGGUGGCUUGAAGCCCGUGGCGCUGAACAGUGCCUUCUACGACGAGCUUAGCUUCUCAAACGGCGACACGUCCUGGCAGCCCCGUCUCAGAGUGCUCUUUGCAUUGGAGUUCCUUUUUCGAAAGGAUGGCCCGGGCAAGGAAGUGGCAUUCAGCGUCUUCCACCAGGCGCGGAGCCUCAUCCUCCACUUGACGGAGGUCCAGCAGUGUGCUGAGAAAGCCAAGGAGGUCAUCCGCCUCUUCAGCCAAAAGAAGGAGCAGGAGGCGCCUGGAGAGGCGGGGAAGGGGAAGGCGGCGGCGGCGGGGAAGGACGGUUCGGCGAAGGCGAAGGCUUCGCCCACCCCGGGCCCUCUGGCGCCGGAAGCUGACCUUCUGGACAUGUCAGCACCAGUCGCCACUGUUCCCGCGGCCGCCGCGGCCGCCGCCGCCCCAGCUGCAGCGCCGGCGGAUCUGGAUUUGCUGGGCGAGCUCCAGAGUCCGGCGCCGCCUUCGGCGGUGGCAACUUUGGCGCCACCCGCCGCCGCAUCAACGAGCGCAGGCGGCACGGGCGCCUCGGGUGCACUGUCACCCUCGGCAGCACUGGCCUUAGCAUUGUCCUCUGCUCCGAUGGCGCCUACGGCGACGCUGCCACAGGACUUAGACCUACUCGCGGCGCCCAAGGCGCCGGCGCCUGUGCCAGCAAGGCCUGCUUCUGGGCUUCCCUUUGCCGGCCUGGGCAUCAGCGCGCCAGCCGCCCCUGCCGCCCCUGCCACCCCUGCCGCCGCCCCUCCAAUAGGGAUGGGCAUGGCAUGCCCCAUGGGCCUCCCGGGCCUGGGAAACGCCGCCAAGGCAGCUCCAGCUCCACGGGUGCCCCCGCCUUUUGCCAGUCGAGGCAAGGUGGGCCAUCCCUACAUGCCGAUCCCUGCGUCCCUAGACAGUCCUUCCCAGCCGCCCCCAGUGGAUCAAUUUGCUUUCGUUUCCGACAUCACGGGCAUUGGUGACCUGGCAAAGCCGGCAAAGUAG